GGUAAUAUCGGCUCUCUGGCUGCGUUUGGAUAUGAUCUUGGAAAAAGCGAGCAAGUUUGUACACUAAGUCGAGGGGGGGGGGGAAACCCUCUUUUCUUUUUCUUGGACUGCUGACGCGUCCACCGGCGACGUGCUGUGCUGGAACACCGGAGCGGCUUUCGCCAUGUUACUGCACUUUCUAGCGGUCGGGGCCUUGGUUUUCCUCGCCGAGGGCUACUUUUCGGAGGAAAUGUUUCCGGAGGAGUCGAAGAUUCAGCCUCCGACGGUGGUUAUCGCUAUCUUAGCCAGAAACACCGCGCACUCCCUGCCGUACUACCUCGGGGCUCUGGAGAGGCUCAACUAUCCCAAAGACCGCGUCUCCGUGUGGGCGGCCACGGAUCACAACACAGAUAACACCACCGCCAUACUGAAAGAGUGGCUAACCUACAUGCAGAAAUUCUACCAUGACGUAGAGUGGAGACCAAUGGACCAGCCCACGUCCUACGCAGGAGAGUCGGGUCCUAAGCAUUGGCCCAAUAGCAGAUAUGAGUAUGUGAUGAAGCUGAAGCAGGCAGCGCUCAACUUUGCCAGGAAACGCUGGGCCGAUUACAUCCUGUAUGCUGACACAGACAAUAUCCUCACCAACCCUGAAACCCUCAACCUGAUGAUGGCAGAGAACAAGUCAGCCAUUGCUCCCAUGCUGGACUCUCAGGGAGCAUACUCCAACUACUGGUGCGGUAUCACCCCACAGGGAUAUUACCGCCGAACAGCAGAGUACUUCCCCACCCGCCAUCGUCACAGACUGGGCUGCUACCCUGUGCCCAUGAUCCACUCCACCAUGCUGCUGGAUUUAAGGAAGGAAGGCAUGACGAAACUGGCCUUCUUCCCGCCUCACAAGGACUACUCGUGGCCCUACGACGACAUCAUCGUGUUCGCCUUCUCAUGCCGAGCUGCAGAGGUACAGAUGUAUUUGUGUAACAAGGAGCGCUACGGCUACCUGAACGUCCCGGCCAAACCUCAACACACCUUGGAAGAUGAUCGCCUCAACUUUGUCCACGUCCAUCUUGAGUCCAUGAUUGAUGGUCCUCCAAUGCGCCCCUCACGAUACGUCUAUAUGUUCCCCAAACAGAGAGACCUCAUGGGCUUUAAUGAGAUAUAUCUGAUUAAUCUGCGACGGCGUCCGGACCGGAGAGACCACAUGCUGUUCUCUCUGAAUGAGCUGGAGAUUGACGUCAAGGUGGUAGACGCCGUGGAUGGAAAUGCACUGAACAGCACUGACAUUAAGAUCCUGGGUGUGGACCUGCUGCCAGGCUACUAUGACCCGUUCUCUGGACGCACUCUCACCAAAGGAGAGGUGGGCUGCUUCCUCAGCCACUACUUCAUCUGGAAGGAGAUGGUGGACUUGCAGAUGAACAUGACGCUGGUCCUUGAAGACGACGUUCGUUUCCAGGCCAACUUCAAGCGACGAGUCCUCCUACUGAUGGAGGAGGUGGAGCAGGUGGAGCUGGACUGGGACAUCAUAUACUUUGGCAGGAAGCAGGUGAAUCCUGGAAAGGAGGAGGCGGUGGAGGACGUUCACAACCUGGUAAAGGCCGACUACUCGUAUUGGACUCUGUCCUACGCCAUCUCCCUGCAGGGAGCCCAGAAACUGCUCAACGCUGAGCCGCUGUCCAAGAUGCUUCCUAUUGAUGAAUUCCUCCCCAUCAUGUAUGACAAACAUCCCAAUGAGGACUACAAGUCCCAUUUCCCCAACAGAAAUGUACACGCCUUCAGUACACGCCCCCUUGUGGUCCAGCCGUGUCACUACGCCGGCGAUCCCCAGUGGGUGAGCGACACAGAGACGUCGACUCUGUGGGACGAUGACGCCGUACGCACCGAUUGGAGGGGUUCCCACAAGACCCUGAAAGGGGCGGCGCCGCCGGCCGACAUGCUGUCAGCUGCCUACAAGGAUGAACUUUAGUGCGGAGCAGGCAUAGCUGUGGAGAACCUGCAGGUCAAAAGGCCACGAGGUCAGAGAGACAGAUGCUGAGGAGAGAAAGUGUUCCCAGACUUUAUUUUCGGCCCACCCUGUGUCACGCCACUGACAUGCUCAGUGUCAUUUAUACUGGACAUUUCAAAGCAUGUCAGCAAGAGUCUGGCAUAAGAGGAUAUUUUGGGUGGAAAGCCGCAUAAGGGCUGUUUGUAAAGAAAUGUAUUUUAGUACUUGUACAGAUGUCAGUCCACCAGACUCUUCUUUUCUUUAAUUCAGACAUUUUUUAUAUUACGAGAGUUUAUACAGUUUUUGUGGCUGAUGUUUUUUUAAAUGUUAUGUAUGGUUGUGUUGGUUUGUGUGCUAGUGAUGAUUGCAUGUUUAUAAUGUUAAUUAGACAGCAUUUAAAAGGAGAGCGUAGAGGUGACUUUACAGGAACAUUUAUUUGUUAAUGUUUUGAGCGCUGACUGAGGCUCCAGUAUCGAAGUGUGCUAUUGUUAUUGAUUUUAUACCUUUUUUCCCCCUUUGUUGGUAUAUCUGUCUGCCUAUCCAUUUCUCCAUUUUUGCAUGUUUUCCAUUAAGAUAGACGCUUGUAUUCAACCCAAAGCUAUAUAGAUCCUGAUUCAUAUUUCCGUUGCCUUCUAUAACAGUUUCCACGCCUAUAUACCUCAUGGUUACUGUAUGAGACUGUUUCAGUGGUACCAGAUUAUAUUAAGGAAGUGUUUUGUUAGUGAAACAAACACAUUGAAUGUUUGCAUUUUAGUGUUUUGAUAUAUAUAUAUGAAGUCAUUCAUUCACAGAUGAACUGAAAUAGCUUUGACUCAUUAGACUACCUUUUCCUCUCUAGCUGUUUUAAUAUUUUUCACAUUUAGCCACAACAAUUAGUUUCUAGUUUGUAUAUUAUUUAUUUAGCCCUCCUAAUUCUACCACCAUCAGGUCAUGGUUUCCACUCUAGGUUUUUAAUUGUAUGUUCUUGGAGGUAUCAAACUGUAUCUAUAUAAACUUUUACAUUGUAUUAUAUAAUCUAUAUUAUUGAGCUAAAACCACGAAAUAUUCACACUCCAACUAAUGCUUAUCUGACAUUACUUUUAAUAAUAUUAUUAAUAAUAAUAAUGUACACUUUUAUUUUAAGUGUCUUUAAAACCAGUAAACAUGAUAAAAUACUUGAAAAUUGGAUAAUAUAACUUCAAUUAAAUCAACGGUGAUCAGAAACAAAAUGCAGGUUCCAGUUGAGAGUCUAUGUUCUCAGCAUUAUAACAAUUAUUUGUCAGUUUACACAUGUUUUAUCAUAUAUUGUGAUUACUUCAGAGCACAUCUUUAGAAAUAAACCAGUAUUUUCUGGAAAUGGUUGCAGAAAACCAAUCUUGAAUGUUAAAAUGGGAUCUCCUGGUGUCUGCUUUUGCUGAGUGCUCCUACUUUUUUGGGGACCUCCAGCUGCUUUGCUGUGAUAAAUCUUAUGUAAAGAAUGUACCCAAACUGUUGACAAGCAAAGCAAUUCCAUUGAAACUAUAAUCUAUUAAAACUCAGCCUUAAAUAACAUUUUUGUAUCACUGGGAUCCUUAAGUCGAGGAAUGUCUGGACAUUUGCAGACUAGCAAUGCAAGUACUGAUGAUGUCAUUCUGAUGCCCCUCGUGGAUUUAAAUGAUGAUGAUCAGUUAUACUAAACGUGUUAUAUUAGUUAGCCUUUGAAAAGCAUUUAUAAUGGUCAGAUUUGUAUACAUCUGUUUUCUUUUAUUAUACGUGUAUCUUUUCCUAAAUAUGUCUUCAUUUAUUUGUCGCAUGUUUCUUGAUACAAAUGAUGCAUUAGUCACAAGACUUGAUGUACAGCAAGCAAAUUGCAAUCUCUUCUGAAAAAAUAUUUUGUGUGUUUGUGUCCUUAAGCAAUACAUUUGUAUUCAGAUGUUAGCACAAUUGUACAGCAGACUUUUCUGACGUAAAUAGUUUUUGUCAUUGUGGUUGUGAGUUUUGUAUUAGUUAAUAAACCCAACUUUCUGUGGACAAAAGUAUCUAAAUAUAUGGUCAUUAAAAAAUAAAACUGUAGUACUUCCAGGUGUUGCAUUGACAC